AUGUCUGCAAACAUCUCCAUUGAUUCUGGUAGUCCAGACUCAACAAACCUCAAAAUAUUUCGAGCCAUUGCCGAUGUUUUUCAGAGCGCUCAGUCAACCUAUGCAGGUCAUCGCAGACACAUUGGUGUCUUGAAAAGGAUUCAGUCAAAAGCUGUAGAAACAGGAUAUGAGGAGGUUUUUGACUACUGGUUUAACAAGAUGGUAACGUUGAUUUUACCAUUGAAAAGGACGGAAGUUGUUGGGGAUAGAAUCGUGAGGUUGGUCGCAGGAUUCGUCGCAAGCAUCGAACAUGAUAUCGAGGCUCAAAGUGAGACCCAAAAUGAGAGCCAAGAGCAAUCAAGCGAUGCAGAAAAGGUUUUUUCAAGGUUUGUGAACCAAUUUAUACGACACAUUUUACGCGGAAUAGAAUCGCGCGAUAGGAACGUGCGAUACAGAGUCGCACAGCUCCUAGCCGUGAUCAUGGAUAAUAUAGGCGAAAUCGAUGAGGAUCUGUACAAACUAAUAAUGUGGUCUUUCCAGAAACGAGUGUACGACAAGGAACCUUUUGUGCGGAUCCAGGCUAUCUUCUGCCUUACAAAAUUUCAAGACGAGGACAACUCAUCGGAUUCCAUGGACGAAGCCUCUGUGAAACUUGUCCACGCCAUUCAAAACGACCCCAGUGCCGAGGUUCGAAGAGCUGCCAUGCUAAAUCUUGUCAGCAUCGAUAAGACAAAGGGCAUUAUAAUGGAAAGAGCUCGUGACGUCAAUCCCGUGAAUCGACGUAUCAUAUAUACGCGAGUGCUGAAAAAUAUGGGUGGAGCAGUGUUUCGCGAAUUGGAUGGAUCGCUGAUUGGUAAGCUAAUUACCUGGGGUCUUGAAGAUCGAGAGGAGGCGGUUCGAAAUGCUUGUGCUCGUUUGGUAGCCUUCGAUUGGCUGAAUCUGAUGGAUGGCGAUAUCAUCAAGCUUCUUUCAGAACUAAAUGUUACUUCCAACAAUGUAUGCGAGAAAGUGAUGGACGCCAUUUUCAAAUACAGAGCUGACACAGUCGCUAAAAUCAAACUACCUGAUGAUGUGUGGGGUUCCCUCACCGCAGAAAUAUCUUUUCUCGUCAAUUCAUUCCAUUUGCAUUGUGCUCAGUGUAAGCUAGAGGACAUCAUUGAUGCCAAUUUUCCCGAAGCGUCGAGACUUUCGGAAAUUUUGCAGAAAUAUCUGGACACUAGAUUUCUGAAAGAGGAACUAUCAAAUACUGACGUGACAUGUCUUGAGUUCAUUAUUGAGCAGCUAUUGUCUCUUGCGCACAGAUAUGAUUACAGCGACGAAAUUGGCAGACGUGCCAUGUUAAUGGUCAUCAGAAAUGCUUUGGCAAAGUACAAGUUGCCUGCCUCUAUUGUUCAAACUGCGCUUAAAGUGUUGAAGGUAAUAUCAAUAAACGAGCGUGAUUUCAUAGCCAUGGCUAUAGAAAUAAUAACAGAUAUACGUGACGAUGAUAUCGAGAUGCAAGAAGCCGCAGAGGCAGAUUUAAGUGCUGGGAUCAAUGGAAACGAAGAUGACGAAGACGAUGCCGCAAUUGAAUCAUUUCAUUCUGCGGUCGAUGAUCUGGUCAAUGGCAAUACCCGAACUGUAUCAAACAAUGCGGCGGCUCGCCAAGAAAAGGAGGCUCGCUGGGAGACUCUUCUUGCGUGUCUCACAAUGUCACGAUUCAUGUUGGAGCUGGUAGCUUUGCCGAUUGAUGAGAACGUCAUGAUAUCGUCUCUGAUUGACACUUUGAUCACGCCGGCUGUUCGGAACACCAAAUCGGAGGUUAGAGAGCUUGGUGUUCGUAAUUUAGGACUGUGUUGCAUACUGGACGUCAAUCUGGCCACUGAAAGCCUAUACCUUUUCGGAAUGUGUGUUUCUAAGGGCGACGCAAACUUGAAAACUAUAGCACUCGAGGUCAUAGCCGAUAUCUUUUCGGUACAUGGAACCAAAGUAGUCGACGGAGAAGGAAAAGUUGACUCGAUAUCCCUACACAAAAUUUUUUACAAGACUUUAAAAAACUGCGAACUGCCUGAAUGUCAGGCAACAGUGGCAGAAGGUCUCUGUAAAUUGUUUUUGGGUGAUGUUUUUAUUGAUGAUGAUUUAUUUGAGACGCUUGUUCUCUCGUACUUUUCACCAGCCAAUUCUCAAAAUGAAGCUUUAGUCCAGGCAUUUGCAUUUUGUCUCCCCGUGUACUGCUUUUCUCACAUUCGGCAUCAGAAAAGAAUGGUUCGCGUUGCUGGCGACGUGUUACUGAGGCUCUCUGUUUUGUGGGAUGAGCUUCAGACAAAUGAAGACAAAUCGAUGCCGAUUGGGUCGAUGCUUAAGCCAAAUAUUAUUUUGCAAGAGCUCAUAGAGUGGACAGACCCUACCAAAUUAGUAAAUCAAAGUGAGGAGCAAUCAUAUGAUGAGGAAGAUACUCAGCUAGAUUUUCUGUUAAGCAUCCUUAGGAUGUACUACAAGUUUGAACGCAAAGAGGUCAAAAAAAUGAUAUUGACCAAUAUUAACAAGUUCACAUUGCAAGAUCAAACAACUAGAAAACUGAAGGAGGUAAGAGAGAUUCUGGAAGAUAUCCUGGAUAAUGAUGAUAUCGACGCCUCCAGUCGAAGUUCAAUUGUGAAGUGCCUGGCAACAUUGAGAGAAUUAAUGCUGAACAAAGAAGAUGCGGACGCAGAAACUACUAAGGAUGAGUUUACUGAGGCUGAAGAGCAGAUGUCGGUGAAUUCAAGCACGGAGCAAGGCAGGAUGUCAGAAGGCGAUAAAUCCGAUGUUCCAUCAGAUCCAUUGGAAGAUAAUAAUUCGAAUACACAAGUGAACAAUGAACACUCCUCUUCUACUGACGCUGUGCCAGUUUGCUCCGAGACUCCUUCAAAGUCUGUGGAAUUAGCCGGAAACCAUGAUUACAGUGGCUCGCGGUCGAAAAAGAGAAAGAGGGCAGAUAUUUUAGAAUCUGAGAAUAACUCAGAACAAAAAAAAAGCAGCAGGAUGGUUAGUUUUGUUCUUCCUGAGUCUAAGGACGAUCAAUCAAGUGAUUUGUCUUAUGGCGGUCGGUCUGAUAGUGAAUUUGAUGACGGUGGUGAGGAAUUUUAA